AUGGACUUGAGCGCCAAUAAUAUACAACGCAUUGAUUCAAGUGAAUUCCAGCAGAUUGAAAUCAUAUCUGAUAAUUUAUUCUUACGUAAAUCGGGAGAAGCGGCAGGGCAACAAAAAACAGUUUAUAAACAUGUGACAACUAUUAUAAAAUUGAAGUUCAACAUACAUCCACAAAAAGCCUGGGAGGAACUUCAGCAACGUUCGCUGUUUUCUAUUUCAUCCCAUUUCCCGUCAGAAUAUUUCAUGAGAUUUAUUCUUUCAAUGAAGAAACAGGCAAACAAAAAUUGUCAACGUUGCGAAUGGGAAAGUUUUGUAAAGAGCUACAUAAUUUGUACAGGAAAUUGUGAUGAACAUUAA